CCACACACGACACACACUUCCCAUCCCCCAUGAACAUCACUCUCCAACAACCCAAAAUUUCUCUCUGUCAAGCCAUGUUUGCUCAGAACCACAUCUUCUCUUUCGCUCCCAAGUCCCUCAACGCUCUUGACAAGAGCAGAGAUCUUGACUUUGAUUUCUGGGUUCCGAGUAAACUGAGAAACCAUCACAGCAGAAACUGUGUUCCUGACUCGCCAACUCUGUGGAAGCGUGAAAACAUGUCGGUGAGUGUUGCCAAAGAUGUGGACACAGCCCCACUUCUUCCCCAAGAUCACCACUACAGCAAUCUCUCUCCUUCGUCGAGGACUCGGAGGAUCGAAGAGGGAAGAAGAGAGAUGAUGGAGAUGAUCCGGAACUUGCCCGAGUCGAGCUACGAGCUUUCCCUCAAAGACAUCGUGGAUGAGCAGCCAUCUCUGCAGCAGAAUCAAGAGGAGGAAGAGGGGAAAUUUGAGCUUCCAAGCGCUGAGGCAGAGUCAGAUAAAAACCAGAAGAGGAAAAAGAGGAAGAAAGUCACAAGGGUCACUAGUCAUCAGCAUCAUCAGGUGUCAAGAUGUAAUAGCCUGGAGACCGGAACUUUCCUGAUCAAGAUGUUUUUCCCGUCUUUCUUGGCUUUGAAUAAGAAGCCUGCAACAUCUCGGAACAGCAGGUCGAAGAUUUCGCCGAGGACGUCGUUUGAAGGGCCUGAACAGAGGAAUCUGGACAUGGUGUCGAGGAUUAAAAUGAGUCCUGUUGCAAAAGAUCAGGGGAAUCGCGAUCGAGUCAGAACUGAAAGCGGUACCACCAGGAGCAAGAGCUAUUCAAGCAGGAACAAUGGCGGCGAUGCUGUCCUGGGUUGCUGGCCUUUCGCCGGACCGAAAGGGAAAAUGCAAAGGCAGAGAACAUGUGCUUUCUGAUUUUCCUCUGCCUCCUGCACAUGAGGGCAGAAUCAAAGAUACGAUUUCACUUUCAGAAUCUAGAAGUAUACUCUAAACUGCAGAAGGGUGUCCACAGUUGAUAAGCCGGUUUGAUUAUCUCGGCUCUGAUAAAGAUUUCACUGAUCAGUCCAAGGAAAAUCUAAUGCAGAGAUGCCAACAGCAUUUGAUACUAGUCAGAUUGGGCAUCUUGUUAGGUACUAAACUUACCAAGAGACAAUGCUAGUGAAGUUUUAGAUUUCUGUAGAGACCAGGCAGGCCACAGCUUGCCUCGUCGUGAGUUAUUAGCGGCUGGAAAUAUGUAUUAUCGUGAUGUGAAAACAAAGCUAAGGAUCAAAUAAACUGGAUGCUGUUGGUAUUUUUUUCAUUCA